AUGAAAGGGAUCGAAUUGUGUUUAUGAGAGAGGAAGAUCUUGUGAGGAUGCUAGUUCAAGUCCACCAGAGUAGGAAGUGUUUGGUGGUUCUUGAUGACAUUUGGUCAGAGGCUGCUUGGGACUGCAUAAGGCAUGCCUUUCCUACUGGAGGAGAUAUGGGUGGCAAAAUAUUGAUCACUACGCGUAAUCAAGAAGUGGCCUUGCAUGUGGAUCCACAUGUUUACCUCCAUGAGCCACGAUUGUUGACUGAAGAUGAAAGUUGGGAACUACUUCAGAAGAAAGCAUUCACAAAACCAGAUGGCGCAGAGCCUAGAGAUGACAAAAACAUGGAGGAUUUGGGGAGGGAAAUGGUUAAACAUUGUGGAGGUCUGCCAUUGGCUGUAAUUGUGCUUGGCGGAAUUUUGGUAACAAAACAGACAUUAAGGGACUGGGAGAUGGUGCAUCGCAAUAUUAGUUCAUAUAUAAGGAAGGGAAAAGGCAUGAGGCAACAACAUGGAGUAUCACAGGUGUUAGCUUUAAGUUACAGUGACUUACCAUAUCAGUUGAAGUCGUGUUUUCUAUAUCUAGGCAAUUUCCCAGAGGAUUCUGAAAUUGAAGCCGAUAAAUUAUAUCAAUUGUGGAUUGCUGAAGGUCUGGUAUCAUUGGAUGACCGAGCAGAAGGAGAAACAAUGAUGGAUGUUGCAGAGCGCUGUCUAGUUGAACUAGCAUACAGAUACAUGGUUCAGGUGGAAGUAGAUGAGUUCAGUGGAAGGUUUAAAUCUUGCAGCCUUCAUGACCUGAUGAGGGAUCUGUGCUUGUUAAAGGGAAAAGAACAAAAUUUCUUAAUGGUCGUUGAUUUUCGGCAUGGAAGCGAGAAGCUUGUGGAUUAUUCCUCUUACUACUCUUCAUUGGACAGUAAAGUACGCAGACUAGCCAUCCAUUUGGGUGAAGAUGGUUUCCCCAAGAUUAGAACAGCUCAGCACCUUCGGUCCCUUUCAUUCUUUGUUCCAUCCAAAUAUAUUUGCAUACCUAUGCCGAAGAAUUUCCAUUUCAAAGGCUUCAAAGUGUUGAGAGUUCUAGAUCUUGGCGGAAUCCAGUUCUCUAAGAAGUUAGCCAGAGCAGUUGGAAAGCUAAUUCAUCUCAGGUACUUGAGUUUAAGAAAUUCUGGGUUCAGAAAGUUGCCUUCAUCUAUAGGCAACUUAGGGUUCUUGCAAACCUUAGAUUUAAGGUUGCAUGAACAAUUAGGAGUAUCUGGAACAAUACCAAAUGUCCUGUGGAAGAUGAAAAGCUUGAGACAUCUAUAUCUUAAUGAUCUUGUAAAAACAAAAGAAAUAUUGAGAUUGGAUGGUUUGAGCAAGCUGGAGUUACUGGAAACCUUCACUACACAUCUGUUUGAUCUUAAAGACCUCUUCAUGCUUACCAACCUUUGGAAACUAAAUGCACGUGUCCAGGUAGAAGUACUUGAAGACUUGGUGGCCAUCAUCAACUACCUAAACAUCAGGGCAAACCGACUCCAGCACUCGUCAUUUUACAUUGGAUACAACUUUUGUUCCGAAGAAGAGGUAAAUCUUUUGAGACAAUUGCUAGAGUGCCGUCGCCUUAAUGCAUUGCAUAUAGGAGGUGUUAUAGGUAAGUUACCCGAACACCAUCAUUUCUCUCCAAACCUCACUAUGUUAGAAUUCAGUAGAUCUGAGCUCAAGGAGGACCCAAUGGCAACACUGGAGAAGCUUCCUAACUUAAGAAGGCUUGCCUUGGGUUCUAAUGCCUUCGUGGGAGUGAAAAUGGUUUGCUCUAAGUUGGGUUUCCCUCAACUCAAAUUUCUAAAACUCAAAGAACUAUCCAACUUGGAGGAAUGGAUGGUGGAUGAAGGAUCAAUGCCCAAUCUUUCUUCUUUAGAAAUUGGUUGUGAGAGAUUGAAGAUGGUUCCAGAUGGAUUGAGAUUCAUAUCUACCCUUCAGGAAUUGAAGAUUUCGAUCUCGUCAGAAGAUUUUCAAAGACGACUUCGAGUGGUACAUGGGGAAGAAGGAGCUGAUCUCUACAAAGUUCAACAUGUCCCUUCCAUCAUAUUUAAUCCAUUGAUUCACUGGUUAUGAGCUUUGGUGGUGGUUGGUGAUGAAGAUGAGAAAUGGGUUUGCUAUUUUGCAUUGGAACUUUUUUGUUUUUCAUUUCACUGUGUUGACUUCCUGGUUUGAAAAAUGUAGCUAUAUAUAUAUAUAAUGAAGGAACCAAAAGACAAGAAAAAGUGAGCGAAAUA